AUGGCAUUUUAUAGCUGCUGUUGGAUCUUCUUGGCUUUUACCUGGUGUACUUCUGCCUAUGGGCCUGACCAGCGAGCCCAGAAGAAAGGGGACAUUAUCCUCGGGGGGCUCUUUCCUAUUCAUUUUGGAGUAGCAGCCAAAGAUCAAGAUCUAAAGUCGAGACCGGAGUCUGUGGAAUGUAUCAGGUAUAAUUUCCGAGGAUUUCGCUGGCUACAAGCUAUGAUAUUUGCCAUAGAGGAAAUAAACAGCAGCCCGGCCCUUCUUCCCAACAUGACCCUGGGAUACAGGAUAUUCGACACUUGCAACACUGUUUCUAAAGCCCUGGAAGCCACCUUGAGUUUUGUGGCCCAGAACAAAAUCGAUUCUUUGAACCUUGAUGAGUUCUGCAACUGCUCAGAGCACAUCCCCUCUACUAUCGCGGUGGUGGGAGCAACUGGCUCAGGCAUCUCCACAGCGGUGGCAAACCUGCUGGGGCUCUUCUACAUCCCCCAGGUCAGCUAUGCCUCUUCCAGCAGACUCCUCAGCAACAAAAAUCAGUUCAAGUCCUUCCUCCGUACCAUCCCCAAUGAUGAACACCAGGCCACCGCCAUGGCUGACAUCAUCGAGUACUUCCGCUGGAACUGGGUGGGCACAAUUGCAGCUGAUGAUGACUAUGGUCGGCCAGGCAUCGAGAAGUUCCGAGAGGAGGCUGAGGAGAGGGACAUCUGCAUUGACUUCAGCGAACUCAUCUCCCAGUACUCUGAUGAGGAAGAGAUCCAGCAAGUGGUGGAGGUGAUACAGAAUUCCACAGCCAAAGUCAUCGUCGUCUUCUCCAGUGGCCCAGACCUGGAACCCCUCAUCAAGGAAAUCGUCCGGCGAAAUAUCACGGGUAGGAUCUGGCUGGCCAGCGAGGCCUGGGCCAGCUCUUCCUUGAUCGCCAUGCCUGAAUACUUCCAUGUGGUCGGAGGCACCAUUGGAUUCGCUUUGAAGGCUGGGCAGAUCCCAGGUUUCCGGGAAUUCCUGCAGAAAGUCCAUCCCAGGAAGUCUGUCCACAACGGUUUUGCCAAGGAGUUUUGGGAAGAAACAUUUAACUGCCACCUCCAAGAAGGUGCUAAAGGACCAUUACCCGUGGACACCUUCCUGAGGGGUCACGAAGAAGGUGGUGGCAGGAUAAGCAACAGCUCCACUGCCUUCCAACCUCUCUGUACAGGGGAUGAGAACAUCAGUAGUGUCGAGACCCCUUACAUGGAUUAUACACAUUUACGGAUAUCCUACAAUGUCUACUUAGCCGUCUACUCCAUUGCUCAUGCCCUGCAAGAUAUAUACACCUGCAUACCUGGGAGAGGGCUCUUCACCAACGGUUCCUGUGCAGAUAUCAAGAAGGUUGAAGCUUGGCAGGUCCUGAAGCACCUACGGCACCUAAACUUUACCAACAAUAUGGGGGAGCAGGUAACUUUCGAUGAAUGUGGAGACCUGGCAGGGAACUAUUCCAUCAUCAAUUGGCACCUCUCCCCAGAGGAUGGCUCCAUAGUGUUUAAGGAAGUUGGAUAUUACAAUGUCUAUGCCAAGAAAGGAGAAAGGCUCUUCAUCAAUGAGGAGAAAAUCCUGUGGAGUGGAUUCUCAAGGGAGCCCCUCACUGUUGUGAUCUCUGUCCUCCAGGUGCCUUUCUCCAACUGCAGCCGAGACUGCCUGGCAGGGACCAGGAAAGGAAUCAUUGAGGGGGAACCCACCUGCUGCUUUGAGUGCGUGGAGUGUCCCGAUGGGGAGUAUAGUGAUGAGACAGACGCGAGUGCCUGUGACAAGUGCCCUGAUGACUUCUGGUCCAAUGAGAACCACACUUCCUGUAUUGCCAAGGAGAUUGAGUUUCUGUCCUGGACUGAGCCCUUUGGGAUCGCACUCACCCUCUUUGCUGUGCUGGGCAUUUUCCUCACUGCUUUCGUGCUGGGCGUCUUCAUCAAGUUCCGCAACACGCCCAUUGUCAAGGCCACCAACCGAGAGCUCUCCUACCUCCUCCUCUUCUCCCUGCUCUGCUGUUUCUCCAGCUCCCUGUUCUUCAUUGGGGAGCCCCAGGACUGGACCUGUCGCCUGCGCCAGCCGGCCUUUGGUAUCAGCUUCGUGCUCUGCAUCUCAUGCAUCCUGGUGAAAACUAACCGCGUCCUCCUGGUGUUUGAGGCCAAGAUUCCCACCAGCUUCCACCGCAAGUGGUGGGGGCUCAACCUGCAGUUCCUGCUGGUCUUCCUCUGCACCUUCAUGCAGAUUGUCAUCUGUGCCAUCUGGCUCAACACCGCGCCCCCCUCGAGCUACCGCAACCACGAGCUGGAGGAUGAGAUCAUCUUCAUCACCUGCCACGAGGGCUCGCUCAUGGCACUGGGCUUCCUGAUCGGCUACACCUGCCUGCUGGCUGCCAUCUGCUUCUUCUUCGCCUUCAAGUCCCGGAAGCUGCCGGAGAACUUCAACGAAGCCAAGUUCAUCACCUUCAGCAUGCUCAUCUUCUUCAUCGUCUGGAUCUCGUUCAUUCCCGCCUACGCCAGCACCUACGGCAAGUUUGUCUCUGCCGUGGAGGUGAUCGCUAUCCUGGCAGCCAGCUUUGGCUUGCUGGCCUGCAUCUUCUUCAACAAGGUCUACAUCAUCCUCUUCAAGCCAUCCCGUAACACCAUCGAGGAGGUGCGCUGCAGCACCGCGGCUCACGCCUUCAAGGUGGCGGCCCGCGCCACGCUGCGACGCAGCAAUGUCUCCCGCCAGCGGUCCAGCAGCCUUGGGGGCUCCACGGGAUCCACCCCCUCCUCCUCCAUCAGCAGCAAGAGCAACAGCGAGGACCCCUUCCCGCAGCCCGAGAGGCAGAAGCAGCAGCAGCAGCCGCUACCCCUGACCCAGUGCGCACAGCAGCCACAGCUGCGGCCGCCAUCGACCCUGCAGCCGCAGCAGCAAUCGCAGCAGCAACCCAGAUGCAAGCAGAAGGUCAUUUUCGGCAGUGGCACAGUCACCUUCUCGCUGAGCUUUGAUGAGCCUCAGAAGAGCGCCAUGGCUCACAGGAAUUCCACGCACCAGAACUCCCUGGAGGCCCAGAAAAACAACGACGCCCUGACCAGACACCAGGCGUUACUCCCGCUGCAGUGCGGGGAGACAGACUCGGAACUGACCGCCCAGGAGACAGGCCAGCAGGGGCCUGUGGGUGGGGACCACCAGCCAGAGAUGGAGGACCCGGAAGAGAUGUCCCCAGCACUUGUAGUGUCUAAUUCACGGAGCUUUGUCAUCAGCGGUGGAGGCAGCACUGUCGCAGAAAACACGCUGCGUUCCUAA